GCUUCUCCACAAAAAGAGUAUCCCAGAGGCACGCACUCAUAGUGGCACGAGUGGCUUGGGUCAUGAUCAAAGAGCGAAGGAUCGGGAAAUCAACUAACUGGAGAAAGAGACUGUGUUCCUUUUGUCACCCAUUAUGUUCUCUUCCUAUAGAGCUUGUGCCCGGAGCCAGAGCGCACAACAGACACGCCGCCUGCGGGCUUUUGAAUCAGAACCCGCAACACCCAACUCGUAAACUGACACCUGUUAAAGGAAUUGCCAACGGUGGGCAAAAGCAUCUGAACUCUCUUUACCUUCUCGUUGGAGCGCAGCGACCGCCCAGUUAGAGGAGCACCAGCGACCUGCGCUCCAGCCCCCGGCGAGGGUGCCCAGUGUUUGUCCUUGGCUCAAUUGUGCGGCGCUUUUCUGUGGUUCUGCGCGGGUCCAGCUCCCCACCUCUGCUCCUACGAGCAAACAAACAAAAGAAGAAACAACUUCUGGUUGGAAGUUGUGGGAUUUUCUCAGCCCUUCCAAGGCGAGAGCCUCUGCCUCCACAUCGGCCCCCUGCCACCUCGGGGUCUCCUCUUGCUCGCCGCACCAGGGACCGCAGCACCCUCGUCCGAGGCUGGGUCGACCCGCCCGGCGGUCGCUUUCGCCUUCGACUUUCCCUGGCCAAUUUGGUGAACCCCGACCCCAGGAGCUUCUCGCGGGGCCCUCUCUCGAGGAACUGAGGAGCGGAGAGCAAAGAGAGGGAUUUGUGGAAAGGAAAGGAGGCUGGGGUGGUGCAAACGCCCAGAGUAUCACACUUGGGGGUCACCCGAGAAAUGGGGUGAAAGUAGCAGUUGCAGGUGGUAGUGGGGAUCCGCGAGGGGGCGCCGCGCUGAGUAGGGUCCCGCCGCGCGGGCUUCCAAACCCGGAGGCAGAGGCGACACCGUGGACGCUGUCCCCCUGCCUCGCCACGGAAACUUCCGUCCAGCCCUUGGCGCGGCGGGACCGUCGCCCCCAACCUUCUGCACCUGUUUCUUUUCCUUCAGGGAAGAGUUGCCUCAGCCACCACCUCCGUGCCCCCGCCCCCCACCGGCCUCUCUUGCUCUCCGGCUCAACCCGCGGCCGUGCGCGGCGCAGUGCGGUGCCCGAGCGCGCUCGGCCGCAGAGGUCGGCUGCAGAGCCGAGCAGCGCCCCCUCCCAGUGGCUCGGGUGCUCUUCCGCGCGGCGCUGGCGGUCCUGCCCCGUCGGAACGGACGCAGCUCGGCUUGCCUUUGGGGACCUUCCAGUACCCUCUUCGGAUCAGAGGGCUAGAUAGUCAUCGCACGGACGGGCUGCACACGUCUUGCUUCCACAUCUCAGCAGAAACGCCAGGGCCAGGUAAGUAAGUUUGUAGAUUCUUGUUCUAGUUGCUGAAAAUGGGCCCAGUAGGUGCAGAGGCUGAUGAGAACCAGACAGUGGACGAAAUGAAGGUGGAGAAGUAUCAUCCAUGGCAAACCACUCCCAGAGGUGAGCUGGCCCCCGACCCUGAGCCAGAGCUUAUAGACAGCACCAUGCUGAUUGAGGUACGGAUUAUCCUCAUAUUAGCUUAUUGCUCCAUCAUCUUGCUUGGGGUAAUUGGAAACUCUUUGGUGAUUCAUGUGGUGAUCAAAUUCAAGAGCAUGCGCACAGUAACCAACUUUUUCAUUGCCAAUCUGGCUGUGGCAGAUCUUCUGGUGAACACCCUGUGCUUGCCAUUCACUCUUACCUACACCUUAAUGGGGGAGUGGAAAAUGGGUCUUGUCCUAUGCCACCUGGUUCCCUAUGCCCAGGGCCUGGCAGUACAAGUGUCCACCAUCACCUUGACAGUCAUUGCCCUGGACCGGCACCGUUGCAUCGUCUACCACCUGGAGAGCAAGAUCUCCAAGAGAAUCAGCUUCCUGAUUAUUGGCAUGGCCUGGGGCAUCAGCGCCCUGCUAGCCAGCCCCCUGGCCAUCUUCCGCGAGUAUUCGCUGAUUGAGAUUAUUCCUGACUUUGAGAUUGUGGUCUGUACAGAGAAGUGGCCUGGUGAGGAGAAGAACAUCUAUGGCACUGUCUACAGUCUUUCUUCCUUGUUAAUCCUGUAUGUGUUGCCUCUGGGCAUCAUAUCCUUUUCCUACACCCGUAUCUGGAGUAAACUCAAGAACCAUAUGAGCCCUGGAGCUUCCAACGAUCACUACCAUCAGCGAAGGCAGAAAACCACCAAAAUGCUGGUGUGUGUGGUCGUGGUGUUUGCGGUCAGCUGGUUGCCUCUCCACGCCUUCCAGCUUGCUGUGGACAUCGACAACCAUGUCCUUGACCUGAAGGAGUACAAACUCAUCUUCACCGUGUUCCACAUUAUCGCCAUGUGUUCCACCUUUGCCAACCCCCUCCUCUAUGGCUGGAUGAACAGCAACUAUAGAAAGGCUUUCCUUGCAGCCUUCCACUGUGAGCAGAGGUUGGAUGCCAUCCACUCUGAGGUGUCUGUGACAUUCAAGACUAAAAAGAACCUGGAAGUCAAAAAGAACAAUGGCCCCCAGGACUCUUUCACGGAGGCUACCAGCGUCUAAGGAAGCUCUGGUAUGAAAAUUGGUAGCUGAAUUCUGACCAGAGCUAUAAAUCUGGUUGAGGAGAACUCCCAGGUGCAUCCUGAUUUCCCACUUCAAGGAAGAAAAGGAGGAUCUGAAUGGAAGCAUCUGCAGUAGAAUCUGUGGAAACCUGGGUGGCAAAGCCUUGGUGAAAAGACUCCUAUUCAAAGAUACAACAUACGGUUCGCCUACAGUUGCUUGGAUGGCUGGUCAAAGUCUGAGUAAAAGCAGAGAGGGACACUUUUGACUACUUCCCAGAAUGAAGGAAACCCGAACAAGGAAUUGGCAUUAUCAGCAUUGCUAAAAAGUGGUGGCUAAAUAAGUUGCCUUUCAAAUCAUAUUAGGGCGUCGACGGGGGGGUGAUGUGCUGCUCACUGCCCCCUCAUCUGAGGAAAAGACUAUCCAAAAUUAAUUUCCCUAGGGAGCCACAGGCUCUUCUUUAUUGUAUUUUUUUUUAAUUAUUCUUCCUAUGGACCAAUCAUUCAGGGAGCAUUACCAAGUAUUUGAACGACUUCCAGGAAAUAAGCUGAAAUUUGCUAUAUAAUUAGUAUUUUGGCCAGUGAUGGGGGAAAUCUUUAACAUUCAGUUAGCCAAUUGUUCUUAAAACCAAAUGCACAUUUAGUGAAAACUUUCUUCAAAUCAGAAUAGAAGGCUGGAAUUCUCAGAAUUAUAGAAAUGUAAACGGUCAUGUAGCUUCUCAUUUCAAGUUGUGACUACUUUAUAUAGAUACUAUUUACCUAACAAAUAAGCAUACAGCUCAAAACUUUUAAUCACUUCUAAUUGUUGUAUCUUUUGGAACAUGUAUUAUUCCUAUGUUAGAGCUGAGUUUGUCUUCACUAAAAAUGAAUUCCGAUUAGGAAAUAUUUUUUGUGGCAUUUUGUGACAUUUUGUGGUUAUUUGUAAGCAGUUUUUGCAUAGAUACAUAGCUCUGAUGUGUUUACAGAACACUGCAGUGUUAUUUUUUGAAAUUCAUCUUCCAUGGACCCAUUCAGAAUUAAUAAAACAAUAUAAUUUCAUCAAAAUGGAACCACCUGGUAAGAGAUAUUAAAAACAUUGCAUUCAUUACACUUUGCAAACAUUCUAUUUGGACCAAAUUUAAACAUUAAUUAUCUUCCUCUCAAAAUAGUUAGCUAUGUAUUUUGGAUAACUUAUAAAUAUAUACAUAACAAAAUUUUACCUAUAAACAGUGGAGUGUAGAUGCUAUACUAUUUUUCAUUGAAUGAUUUUUGGAACACAAUUUUUAUUUCAAUACUACCCAAUCAAAGAUGCCUAAAACCCUAGUAUGUUUAUGAAAACUCACUGAGAUGUUAAAAUAUUUGUACUUCUUUGGAUGCUGUUAAAGAAGAUUUAUUGUAAUCACAUUUUGUCAGUAUGACUGAAUUUGUGAAUUGAUUUCUUAAAUUUUAAAAAGCUUCUAUAUGAAUAUUACAUUUAGUUACAAAUAUUAACUUUAUGAACUGGAGAGUUUCAUUUUAUGGAUAUAUUUAAAAUUCAUACUAUGGCUCUUGUUGAAUUAUUUCCAAUGAAGAAGUAAAGCUCUUGAUGUGGACUUGACGUGGGCUUCAGUGGAAUACUGAAAAAGAAUGAAAACAAUAAAAAAGUAAGAAGUAAACAAAAAAUAAUAUAUAUAUGUAAUAUAUCAUGUAAUGGAUGAAUUGAUUUUUCUGUUGGACUUGACGUAACUAUCCAAGAAGAAGCUUUUUGUCCUUUAAAUAGCAGUUACUUUGUUUAAGAUGUUAAUAGAUAAUUGUGGUUAAAAGCGUUGUCUUUCCUUCUUGCAGAGUUCUUACCCUGUAGGAAAUGUGUAUGUUACUGUAUCACCAGUUGUAGUAGUAAAUUAUUAGAAUCCAAUUAAUGAUCCAUUAAUAUAUGUGAUCUAAUUAAUUCUGUUAACCCAUUAACAAAAUAUCUUUUUAUGUAGUGAUUUUAUCUGUUGAAAUAAAAAGACUU